AUGGCAGAGACCGCAAGAGACGCAGACGCAGCCAUGCGCCACGCCAUCACCCAAUUCCGCCACAAAAUGGAAACCGCCAACCGCCGCUUCCUCCAGGACCGAGUCUCCGAGAUCGAAGCCCUGCACCUCCCCACCGAAGCCGCCAAGCUCCAGCGGAUGCGUGACUACUGGGACAAUCUGGGCAUCGGCGGGCCGGACCCGCACUGGAACCAGCUCGUCUCGCCCGGACCCGUCCGCGAAGACCGCGAGGUCCGCGGCGUGACGUGUCUGGCGGAGGUGCCGUCGCUGUACCACCAGUACAUGGACGGGGUGUGUCCCCCGCGCCUGCGGACGGAGGCGUGGCGGCAGAUGUACCUGGAGACGUUCCACGAGGUGUGCUCCGUGGCGGUGGCUGAUGACGGCCAAGCCCAGGAGGCGGAUGCGAUCCCGCGGUGUGAGGAGUUAGUGCUCUUCCUGAAGUACGCGAACGGGGUCUGCGAUCCGGAUUUCCGGCGUCUGGGAAUCGCGCCUUUUUUGCCGGGGUUCUAUAUUGGGGUGCCUGAGUAUGCGUUUGUAGAGGAUGGGGCGGAGAGGGCGGAGAGGGAGGUGGAGGGUUUCAGAGAUCUGGAGGCGCAGCGGGAGGCGCUGAGAGGGUACUUGGAGGAUAGUCUCCUCGGUCAGGUGGGGCUCCAUGGGACGAUUGAUGAUGAUCUGGAGGUCAAGGUUGGGUUUUUGAUUGGGUCUGGUGGUUGGAUGCAUGAGGAUCGGUGGUACAGUGCUUAUGCGUACUGUCGGGUGAUCGGAGAGGAUGGUACGGUCUCCGCGUAUAAGCACUGGGCGUGGCGGGUGGUUUUCUUCGAGGCGAGCGAGGAGAACCCCGCGACGCUGUACGGGCGCAGACCCUUGUUUGAUUCGAUUCCGGAAUUCUUGGAGUGGUAUAGCAGCUGGCCGGAUUAUGUGGACAUGCGCCAGGUUCGACGGAAUGCUCUGGGGGACUACACUUGA